UGUGUGCUCUGCUGCAGCAGGAACACAUUCACUUUAAUCAGCUCCCCCACACACACACACACACACACACACCAGAGGACUGGCUCAAAGGCAGCCGGGCAGCAGGUAGGCCUACACGUGACACACAGAAGCUCUCUUCACCAUGGGCAACUUCGCUGCCAACGAGGGUCUCUCCAUCUUCGUCAUUCUGGUGUGGCUCGGCAUCAAUGCCUUCCUGUUCGUGGAUUUCUACAUGGCCUUCCUGGUGGACAAGUGGUUCUACACCAGAGUCCUGCUCGGGCAAGCUCUGUCCUGGGCCAGAGCGCCGGCUGCCUGCCUCAACUUCAACUGUAUGCUCAUCCUGCUGCCGGUCUGCAGAAACCUGCUCUCCUUCCUGCGCGGCACCAUCCAGUGCUGCAGCCGCACGGCCGCUCGACAACUCGAUCGAAACAUCACGUUUCACAAGCUGCUGGCUUACAUGAUCGCCUUCCACACAGCCGUGCACAUCAUCGCACACUUGUUUAACUUUGAGUACUUCAUGGACGCCCAGCUGAACCGUAACAGCAGCCACCUGCCCUUCAUCCUGUCUGAGAUCGGCAGCGGAGACAACGCGUCCUUCCUGAACCCCAUCAGGACCAACGAGACGAACCCUACCUUCGUCAUGUUCACCACCAUCGCCGGAGUGACGGGCGUGGCCAUCACACUGGCCCUCAUCCUCAUCAUCACCUCCUCCAUGGAGGUGAUCCGCAGGUCCUACUUCGAGGUCUUUUGGUACACGCACCACCUCUUCGUCGUCUUCUUCAUCGGACUGGUGUUCCACGGCUUCGGGCGGAUCGUACGAGGACAGACGGUCGCCAGCCUGGACACGAACCAGCCCAAGGAGUGUGCCGACCAGUUUGAAGACUGGGGCACUAACGGGUCCAACUGUGCCACACCGGUGUUUGCUGGAAACCCUCCGAUUACGUGGAAGUGGGUGGUGGGUCCCAUGUUCCUCUACCUGUGCGAGAGGCUCGUCCGCGUCUAUCGAUCCCACCAGAAAGUGGUCAUCACCAAGGUGGUGAUGCACCCCUCCAAGACUCUGGAGCUGCAGAUGAAGAGGAAAGGCUUCCACAUGGAGGUGGGUCAGUACGUCUUCAUCCAGUGUCCGUCCGUCUCCAGGCUGGAGUGGCACCCCUUCACCCUGACCUCCGCCCCCGAGGAGGACUACUUCAGCGCCCACAUCCGCAUCGUGGGGGACUGGACCCAGGCGCUGUACGAGGGCUGCGUGGGAGACAAAACCGAGCCUCAGGAGGCCUGGAAGCUGCCAAAGCUGGCCAUCGACGGGCCCUUUGGAACCGCCAGCGAGGACGUGUUCCGCUACGAGGUGGUGAUGCUGGUCGGAGCCGGAAUCGGCGUGACUCCUUUCGCCUCCAUCCUCAAGUCCGUGUGGUACAAACGCAUCCAGAACAACCAGGACGUCUUCACCAAGAAGAUCUACUUCUACUGGCUGUGCCCGGAGACGGAGGCCUUCGAGUGGUUUGCAGACCUGCUUCAGUCUCUGGAGGGUCAGAUGGCGGAGAAAGGUGUGACGGACUUCCUCAGCUACAACAUCUACCUCACCCGCUGGAAGGACACCGAGGCGGCUCACUUCCGGGUUCACCACGAGGCGGAGAACGAUCCAAUCACAGGGCUCAAGCAGAAGACGCUUUAUGGGAAACCCAACUGGGACAACGAGUUCACCAACAUCGCUUCAAAGCACCCGGGGACUAAAGUUGGGGUUUUCCUGUGCGGUCCUCCUCAGCUCGGGAAGUCUCUGGAGAAACAGAGUCUGUCUCACUCGGAGGGAGACGUCAAGUUCAUCUUCAACAAAGAGAACUUCUGAGAGGGACACACACACACACACACACACACACACACACACACACACACAGAGAGGAAACUUCCCAAGUACUGAGACUAACCCUUGAGUAUCCACGUCAUGUUUUUAUACUACGGUAUGUGUUUUCAAUGUAUUAGUAUGCCAGCGUAGUAACUGUGCGCUGGCAGCUCGUCUCUUUGCUUCUCACCACGGACGUUUUGCAAAGAUGCCGUUGUUGCUCUAAAAUGGAGGAAACAUCUCUGCGGUGUUCUCCACCUUCUCUUGUUCUCCUUUUUGUGUUCCAUCAACAAGUGAAAGUUUCAGAAGUCCUCUUCCUCUUUUCAUGUCGCUCAGAGGUAGACGAGGUCACGUAUAAAUAUCUGAGAUGCAGAAAUACUACACUGUAAUAAACUGCUACAUGGCCCUUGAGCAAGGCAACGCUUCUCCUGCAACGCUAAAAACAGGAAGUGAAGCAGCUCAUCGGUGCGUCCUGCUUUCAUGUUUAGCAGCUUUUCUGUUCUAGUCCGUUCCUUUAUAGAAUACUGUCGAUGAAGUUUUUAUACAUGUGUUUCUGUGUGGAAGCCUUCUGUUUCACUGUGUGAUACAUAUAUGAAUGUUUAUUUAAGUGUAGAAAGCAUGCCAUGCUCUGAGUAUCUGUCUUCUCAUCACGUCUGAGUGAAUCUUUUAUCGGACAAUAAACUUGAACUUUCAGGGGU